AUGUCUGUCUUCUCCCUCGAUGCUAAGCAGGGUAACCCUGUAACUACAGAGACACUUGACAAGUUAUGCUCUCAGUUGGGAGUUCAGAUCGAUGGAGAUGAAAAGGAAGACUAUCGCCGCCUGUUGGCUGUCUUCCAUGAUGCUAGCGAACAAUUGAUGGCAAUGGAAGAUUAUAUUCCCGGAGUGGACGAAGAAAGAUUCUCUCGAGAGAAUGUUCACUAUCCAGAGAAAAUUGACAAUCCGUACGGUGCUUGGGCCUGGAAAUGCAAAGUCAUCGACAAGCAGGCAGAGGGCGGUAGACUUCAAGGGAAGACGUUUGUUUUGAAAGACAAUGUCGCGUUGAAAGGUGUGCCGAUGCUUCUCGGCACCAACUUCAUCAAAGACUAUGUACCAGAUUGCGAUGCCACAGUUGCAACCCGCAUUCUCGAAGCUGGCGGUACGAUCCUCGGAAAGGCUGUCUGUGAGAACAUGUGCCACAGUGCCACAAGUCAUUCCUCUGGCACUGGCAUAGUUGAAAAUCCACUCGCGAAGGGCUAUAGUUCUGGUGGCAGCUCGAGCGGCUCAGGCGUUCUCGUUGCUGUGGGAGAAUGUGAUGGCGCUAUUGGGGCAGAUCAAGGUGGUAGUAUCCGUGUACCAGCGGCCAACUGCGGUAUUGUCGGACUCAAACCCACCUUUGGACUGGUACCGUACACUGGUAGCGGAUCAAAUGAGCCCACCAACGAUCAUCUGGGUCCGAUGACUCGUACCGUCCUCGACAAUGCAAUCUUCUUGGAAGCCAUCGCUGGAAACGACAAUAUCGACGAUCGCUCGUUUGCGGCACCGCAUCCCUCGAAAAUCCCAACGUACAGCUCAAUACAAAAUCUUCCUUUGGACAAACCUCUCGCAGGCAAGAAGUUCGCUUACAUCAAAGAAUCUUUGUCGCUGCCUGCGCUGGAUCCUCGUGUAAUCGACACCUUCAAGGCAGCCAUCUCCAGGUACGAAGAACUUGGUGCAACUGUUGAAGAAGUCUCUAUCCCGAUUCAUUCCAAGGGUGCUGCUAUUUGGACUGGUGUCUCGAAAGUGGGAGGAUAUCUUACAAAGACCUCUGGUUCAUUCGGCAGAAGAGGUCAUCAGAUGCUGACCUUGAACUCGAAGCUUUACCCCAUGGGUCAAGAUAACUGGGAUAAUGCUUAUGUGUCGACUAAGAACAUCUUUCUCAAUGGUCUUUAUGCUGUGCAGAACUUCCCUCUUCUGUUAGCAAAGGCAACGAACUUGUCACGACAGCUGAGAGAUGCAUACGAUACGGCACUUGAGACUUACGAUGUUCUACUUACACCCACGCUUCCAUAUGUGGCGACGAGCCAUGCCUCACUUGAUGCUACUCCGAUUGAGCAGAUCACCAAGCAGAUCGGACUGACAACGAACACUGCGCCGUUCAAUCAGAGCGGACAUCCUGUACUGGCAAUGCCAAUUGGCAUGCUGGAAGUUUUAGAGGGCCCAGGUGUAGAGGCUGGAGUAAAGCUUCCUGUCAGCAUCCAGGUCGUCGGAAAGUGGUGGGAUGAGAUGGCAGUGUAUGAAGCUGCAUACGCUUGGGAGAGAACCAACGACUGGAAGACGAUGUAA